UGCUCGGAACGUGAAGACGCGGAAGUGAGCGUGGAGUGGAGUGGAACCAAAGGUUCACAGCAUACACCGAGAGAGACGGGGAGAGGAAGACCAAAGUGUAAUUUCCCAUAACUACUGUAUGGAUAUGAUGGAGGGGAUGGGAAUGGUGGACACGAAUGCCAUUGAGAUUAAGACUGUAAAUAUCAAACAGGAGGACUGUGAAUGGGAACAUGUGCUCCAUAAACAGGAGAGUCUGGUUGUUAAGGAAGAAGAGUGUGAGCAGGGAAUAGUGGCCAUUAAGGAAGAGGCAGAAGAGAAGCCUUCCAUCAUAGAGCAGUUCAAGAAAGAAGACCUUCAUUCACAGCCGGUUUGCCAGUCUGGAUGUGAAGAUGGAGAUGUGACAGGAUUAGUCUGCCCUCAGAGGAGAAACUGUGUAGCCCAGGAACAUUCUGUUAGUGUGAAGUCUGAGAUUUACUCAGACAUACAAACCAGUGAGGAAACAUCAAGGAUAAUACCAGAAUGUCAACCUUUAUCUACAAGUCAGAGUGGAGAAGAUAUUGGAGUGGGUUGUAGCUUUCCCCUAUCACUAUCUGCUCCGAAUUCUUUUCAAUACCAGAUACCGCAUGGUGAAAAUGCAAAGAAAUUGACCUCUGGAUCGGACAUUUUGACACCGGUGCAGUUGAGUUCUCUGCCUUUUGUGAAACAAAUGCCUGUAAUUAACACUGAACAACAGGAGUACAGUACAAAUUCAGAUGCCUUGUAUGUCUGCGAUGAGCAAAAGUUACAUUUUACAGGCGAAUCUGAACAAAAAGGUAAAUCCUUGAACUAUGCAAAGCAGAAGCCAUAUGGCUGCUCUGAAUGUGGGAAACAAUUUUCAAAAAAGGACCAUCUUCUGACCCACCAAAGAAUUCAUAAUGGAGAGAAACCCUAUGGGUGUUCUAAAUGUGGCGAAAGAUUCCGUUUCAAGAGCAGUUUUGAUGGCCACAUGAAUAAUCACACUGGAAAGAAGCCGUAUUGUUGUUCUGAAUGUAGCAAACAGUUCUCUUACCGGAGCAGCCUAAACAUUCACAUGAGAAAUCACACUGGAGAGAAGCCAUACGAAUGUUCUGAAUGUGGGAAGCGAUUUUCAAAAAGCAGCCAUGUUCAGAUCCACAGCAGAAUGCACACUGGAGAGAAGCCAUUUGUCUGUAGUGAAUGUGGGAAACAGUUCUGCUAUAGGAGCAGUCUUUACACUCACAUGAGUAAGCACACUGGAAAAAAGCCUCACACCUGUUCGGAAUGUGGGAAACGAUUUUUAAAAAGCAGCCAUCUGGAAAUCCACAACAGAGUUCAUACUGGAGAGAAGCUGUAUUGCUGUUCUGAAUGUGGCAAAAGAUUUGCAAACAUGAGUGGCCUUCAGAUCCACACAAGAAUUCACACUGGAGAGAAGCCGUACCGCUGUACAGAAUGUGGGAAGGAAUUCUCACAGAAAAGUACCCUUUGGAGGCAUGCAACAGUUCACACGGGAGAGAAGAUGUAUGCCUGUUCUGAGUGUGGCAAACGAUUCUCCAACUCAAGCUCCUUUCACAAACACAAAAGAGUUCACACUGGAGAGAAGCCCUAUUCUUGUUCCGAGUGUGACAAACGGUUCUCUCAAAAGAGCCACCUUGAAAGUCACUUUCGAAUUCACACUGGGGAGAAGCCCUACUGCUGCUCCGAAUGUGGCAAGCGAUUCACAAACAGUUGCAGUCUUUGGACCCACACAAAAUCUCACACGGGGGACAAGCAGUAUUCCUGUUCUGAAUGUGGGAAACAGUUCUCCACCAGUAGCCAUCUUCAGACUCACAAAAGAGUACACACCAAGGAGAAGCCAUAUGGCUGUCCUGAGUGUGGAAAACAGUUUUCAAGAAAAGACCAUCUGGCAACCCAUAAAAGAAUUCACACUGGAGAGAAGCCAUACUGCUGUUCUGAAUGUGGAAAACGAUUCUCCAGCAGCAGCAGUCUUAACACCCACAUGAGGACUCACAUUGAAGUGAAGCCCUACAGCUGCUCCGAAUGUGGUAAAGCAUUUUCAAAAAGAGACCAUCUUGAGACCCACACAAGAAUUCAUACUGGAGAGAAACCAUACUGCUGUUCUGAAUGUGGUAAGAGCUUCUGUGACCGAGGCAGUCUUAACACCCACACGAGGACUCACACUGGAGAGAAGCCAUAUUGCUGCACUGAAUGUGGGAAACAGUUUUCAAGGAGGAAUCACCUUCAGACUCACAAAAGGAUUCACACUGGUGAGAAACCCUUUCCCUGUUCUGAAUGUGGCAAACAAUUUUCCAAAAGAGACCAUCUGGAGAUCCAUAAAAGAAUUCACACAGGCGAGAAGCCGUAUUCUUGUUCUGAUUGUGGAAAAAGAGUAUCACAAAUGAGCCAUCUCCAGACCCACAAAAGAAUCCAUACAGGAGAAAGACCCUAUUGUUGUUCUGUGUGUGACAAGAGAUUCUCAACCAUGAGCCAUCUUCAGACCCACGUACGAAUUCAUACUGGAGAGAAACCAUACAGUUGUAUUGAAUGUGGCAAAAGAUUCUCUGACAGGAGCAGUCUUAACAGCCACAAGAGAACUCACAUUGGAGAGAAAUGGAAAUAGAAACUAUGGAAAACACAAUAAAUGUGGAAUGUGCCGAUUUGCAAGGUAGUGAUUGCUGAAAGUUUUAUAUCCUGUGACAGAUAGUGGGCGUCACUGAGCCUCAAGCCUCGGAAACAACUGACACACAGAACAAACAGAUGCAUUUAUUACAAAAUAACUCGCAACAGGUUUCUUUAAGGUCACACAAGUACCAGUAAACACAGUAGUCUUCUUGCUUUCCUCCUUCCAUCCCGUCUCUGUCCAUCCACUUUAAAGAAAGUCAUCUGACCUUCUGCGGUAUGUCAGACCUGAGUGUAAUUCUGGUACCAGGACUUAACCUGAAGCAAGGACUCCGGGUCUGGGCGAAGUCCUGUAAAGUAAACCUCAUGAAUCCCUGUAGCACACCUUAGCGACUCCCAUGAAACCCAGCAGGGUGGACUCUCAGCACAAUUCCCAUCAUGCCCUGCAUGGUUUCCCAUGUGGUUACUGGGAUGCUACCACCUAGUGAAUGGAGGAUGAAAAUAUCCAAAUU